AUGACAACAGACGAGGCAGAGUGUCACCAGAAGAAGCCGAGGCAGCAGGAGGAAGCGGGCCAGGAUGCAAGGCCGCCCUCACCGGAGGAGGAGCAGCUCCGGCCUCGCAACCGCAACUCUACCGGCCGCGGCCUCUCUCGCCUCUUCUCCUCCUUCCUGAAGAGGCGCUCGCAGUGUGAGAGUGAGGCGGGAGAGAAGGACGGCAAGGAAGAAGAAGAAGCUAAAGCGCCCAUCGCUGACCCUGAACCUGAACUGAGGACAGAGGGAGAGGUGGCCCAUGACCAGCACUCGGUGAGCAGUGCUGAGGCGCCGGCUGUUCAGGUAGAGAAGAAAGAAGCUGAGGAGGAGGAGGAGGAGGAGGAGGAGGAGGAGGAGGAGGAGGGUGGAAAAGACAAAGACAACGACAAGGAGAAAGAAGAGGAGGCUGGCCUGGAGAAGGAGGACAAGGAGAAGGAGGAGCAGGAGGAGAAGGAGUCUGGCCCUGAAGGAGGUAGUCAGAGAGAAGAGGAGGGGGAGAAGAUGGCAGAGGAGGAGGCCUUAGCUCCCAGAGUUCCACGCCGACCCAGGACCAUGCAGAUUAGAGUCACCCUGCUGGAUGAUGCUCUCUAUGAGUGUGAGCUGGAUAAACACGCAAAAGGCCAGGAGCUCUUCAUGAAGGUGUGUGACCACCUCAACCUGCUGGAGAAGGACUACUAUGGCCUGGUCAUCUGGGAGAUGGCCGCCAUGAAGACUUGGAUGGACCUAACCAAGGAGAUCCGCAGGCAGGUACAAGGUGCCAACUAUAAUUUCACCUUUAAUGUGAAAUUCUAUCCACCAGACCCAGCCCAACUGUCUGAAGACAUAACAAGGUACUACCUGUGUCUCCAGCUGCGGAAGGACAUCCUGCAGGGCCGCCUUCCCUGCUCCUUUGUCACCCUGUCCCUGCUGGGAUCCUACGCCCUGCAGUCGGAGUUGGGCGAGUACGACCCCGAGGUCCACGGCAACGAAUACACUAAGGAUAUGAAAAUGGCCCAGGGUCAGACCAAGGAGCUGGAGGACAAAAUGAUGGAGCUGCACCGCACAUACAGGUCAAUGAGUCCAGCCCAGGCAGACCUGAUGUUCCUGGAGAAUGCCAAGAAACUCUCCAUGUACGGAGUGGACCUCCACCAGGCCAAGGAUCUGGAUGGUGUUGACAUCAUGCUGGGGGUUUGCUCCAGUGGUCUGUUGGUUUACAAAGACAAACUGAGGAUCAACCGUUUCCCCUGGCCCAAAGUCCUCAAGGUCUCUUACAAACGCAGCAGCUUCUUCAUCAAAAUAAGACCCUCGGAGGUGGAACAUUAUGAGAGUGCAAUUGGCUUCAAAUUACCGAAUUACAAGGCGGCCAAGAAGCUGUGGAAAGUGUGUGUAGAACAUCACACCUUCUUCAGGCUGACUUCCACUGAGAUGGCCACCACUCCCAGGAAGUUCCUGGCGUUGGGCUCCAAGUUUCGCUACAGUGGUCGGACUCAGGCUCAGACCAGACAGGCAAGCUCUCUGAUUGACAGACCAGCUCCUCUGUUCCAGCGCUCCUCCAGCAAGAGGAACUCUCGCAGCCUGGAUGGAGCUAUGGCAUCCACUCCCGACAAUAAAUCCACUCGUCCAGUCAGCGCUCCUGUUAUGUCACCGGUGUCUCCUGGGGAGGCAGCUCUCUCACCGCUGCUCCCCAGCCUGCGUCGCUCUGACCACCACCGCUCUAUACCCAGGGGCCAUCGCUCCUCAGACAGGAAGGCAGAGGGUCAGCCAGCAGACUACACCAAGAGCCGCAGCCCCAGACCAGAGUCCACUCCAGAAAUUAAGUCAGUGGCCAGGAGAGAGCGGAGGCACUCCCCCUCUGUGACCACCGCCAAUGGGGAAAGAGAGAAAAAGAGCCAGCACUCUCCUCAGGACAAAACAAAGAUGGAGAUGGUGCGAGUGAGGAAGAAAAGAGCAAAGAAACUUGAGGGUGAAACUAUUUAUAUCAGACAUAGCAAUUUAAUGUUGGAGGACCUGGAUAAGACCCAGACUGGGAUCAUGCGUCACCACACUAGUAUUAGUGAGCUGAAGAGGAGUUUCAUGGAGUCGGUGCCGGAGCCUCGGCCCAGUGAGUGGGACAAGCGUCUGUCCACCAACUCGCCGUUCCGCACAGCGAGCAUCAACGGCCAGCUGCAACCAGCGUCUCCUGUGCUAAAGACCCAGACAAUCACCAUCUCAGACAUCACCAACUCCCUGAGAGGAAAUGUGACCAACAAGGACAUCCCAUUAGUUCACACUGAGACCAAGACCAUCACAUACGAGUCAGCACAGGUGUCUCUCCAACAGCCAGUGGACGGCCUGGCAGAAAGGGAUUUAGGAGUGCUGCUGAGCGCCCAGACCAUCACUUCAGAGACCAUCAGCACCACCACCACCACCCAGAUUACCAAGACGGUUAAGGGAGGGGUCUCUGAGACUCGCAUUGAGAAGAGGAUCGUCAUCACUGGAGACACUGAAAUUGAUCACGACAAGGCUUUGGCUCAGGCCAUUAAAGAGGCAAAAGAGCAGCACCCAGACAUGUCUGUUACCAAAGUCGUUGUACACCAGGAGACAGAGAUCAGCCCAGAGUAA